AUCCUGCAGAACUGGGGAAGCGGAGUGGUUCAUCACCAGCUUUAUGUCUUUUACGACUGUUUUUAAAUACCCCGCAUUGUUUUACCGAGCUGAUAUGACAAUUUAGCACGCAUUUUGUACGACUGAAAACAUGGGAACCUUUGGAGCAAUACCGUGGAUUUUACAGUAUAUAGGACUUUGUAUUCAACUAAACGCAGCGGUGCUGGUCGAACACGACGAUGUGGACAAUCAUGUUUAUGGAAAUGCUGUCUUCACAGAAGUGCCCCGUGACAUGACAACACAGAGUGGCAAGGAUGUAGAGAUGGCGUGCUCCUUCCGCGGGGCGGGUUCGCCCUCGUACUCUCUGGAGAUCCAGUGGUGGUACAUAAAGGACUACACUGACGGGCAGGAGAGCCCUGCUUCAGCCACCAACAAUGUCGCGCCGCUGGAUGAGACGCUGAAAGGUGCCACCAAAAUAAGUGUGGUGAAAGUCUUCGGCAGCAACAUAUCUCACAAGCUGCGCUUGUCCAGCGUGAAGAGCUCAGACGAGGGCACGUACGAGUGCCGGGUCAUCGACUUCAGCGGAGCUGAAGCACAACAGCACCGGGUUGGAGCUUUCCUCCAUGUGGAGCCAGAGCAGCACCCGUCGGUCCAGGAGGCUGAUCAGCAGCACCUGCACGACUCAGCAGACAGACGGCUGAAGAGGAGAUUAAGUGGCACGGACUGUGACCAGGGCUGUCUGCUUUAGAGACGCGUGGAUGGAGCCGUCUGUGGAGGAGAACAUCAAGAGCCUCUCAGACCUGCUGACCAUCACUGGACUCACUGUUAAAUAAGUGGUUGCUGAACAGCGUAAGAAAUCACAUGUUGACCCGUGUAACAGUUUGUGUUUCACUUUUUGUUUUACUGUUUUAGGUUGACUGUCAUGAAAGUGACCUAAACUGUCACAAGAAAUGAAGAAACCACGAGAAGAACCAAGUGGUGAGCCUGGUAUUGUCAUAGUUGAAAAGUUUAAAAUCUAAUCUAUAUUCUAGCUAACAGUUCUAUACUAAUCCUUUGCCAGAAAUUGUCUUGCAAUAUAAACACACAUAUAUUGCAUUAUUAGUCAAAGCACAUCAGUUAUGUACAUGUACAUCUUCUGACCUUCUCUGCCUUGAUUUGAUGUAGGAUCCAUUGUUUUCAAACAUCGAUGAUGCUGUCUGACAUUAAACUGCACAGUGUGUCUGUGUUUAUUCGUCAUGAAUACUUGAACGCUGUUUGAGCCGCAGUAAUGCAUAUUCAUUGCAUUUCUAAAUUGGAUCUGUCUGCGCACGAUGCACCAGUUCUGGGGGCAUAACCAGCAGAUGGGAAAAUAUUAGUUAUUAAAGAGACACUUCUGCCUCAGGAAUGAUGUUCCCGUGAAGUGACUAGCAGUUAUUACACCAGUUUUUAUGUUGUGUUUCAAGUCAGUCAGACAUCUAUUAGAAACAAAAGCUGUGGACAUUAUCACGCACCACUCUCAAAUACUUCAACAAGUACGAUCUCCCUCACAUCCAGCCCCUUGUGUAACACAGAGAACUGCCAUCAAAACAUGGGCAGACUGUGAGUAAAUAAAGCACUCACGAAUUGGGGCAAUCAACAUGCCAUAAAGUCUUGGUUUUCUCUGGAGGAGUGGAUAUAAAGGUUAUUUCCAGCACUUAAGAAUUCAGACAUCAUUAAAAGCCAGAAUUCCUUUCAUGGUCAUAUUGCAGUUUUACUAGCAGCAAAGUAAACUUGACUGUUCACGUGUCCAAGAUGCUGAUUCCUGUUAAACUAGGUGACCAUUUAUAAGCAUUUCAUUUUUAUACCAUACCAUAAGAACCAUGCAAUAAUCUGGGUUUCAUUCUUAUUUAUUUGAAGCACAAAUGAGGGUUUGCAUUGUAUGAUAGUUUAUUUUGAAACAUACAAGUGUGUCAAAGUUGAUCUGAUGUAAACAGAUGAUGUGCUUCCUGUCCGCGCGUAUAAAGACACAUCACAAGGCGUUAAGAAGGGUCCAAAACAUCGUCUCAAUGAAAAUCAGCUGCAUAAGAGGUGGACACU